AGUUGAACGUUUGGAAGAAGAGAUUGAAACUCUUAAUAACCCUGGUACAAGUUCUUUGCGGCAGAUAUUUAAAUAUCCCUUGCAUUCUAAUUUACCAACUGAAGAUUCAGGAUCUGAUUAA